UUUCGUUUAUAUAAUUUUCACAGAUAAGGUGAAGAAAAAGUAUGGGAACCUCGGUGCUGCGGUAGUGAUGGUGGAAUUGGAAAAGGGCUCAGGAGGACUCGGUAUAUCUCUCGCAGGCCAUAAGGAUCGGACAAGGAUGGCUGUCCUCAUCUGUGGCCUUAAUCCGUCCGGUCUAGCCUACAACUCUGGAGCUCUUCAGGUCGGCGACGAAAUACUAGAGGUGAAUGGCGUAAUUCUUCACGGGAGAUGUCAUCUGAACGCAUCGGCUAUUAUCAAAGGGCUCCCUGGCCCCCUUUUCAAAAUUAUUGCCUUGAGGAAAGCCGGAGCUGUAGAUGACCUCUCGGUGAAACCAAUUACCCAGUUUCCCGUCACUCUUAAAGAAGAGACGCCCGAGCAGCGCUAUAGUUCCUUCAAAGGUCUUCGUACCAUUUCAAUUAAAAAGCCGGGAAACAUGGAGCGAUGCCUUCUACCAGGUUCCCCAACCCGUCAGCAAAGUGGACAAGGCUUGGGUAUAAUGAUAAUUGAAGGGAAGCAUGCAGAAGUGGGACAAGGUAUAUUUAUCUCCGACAUCCAAGAAGGAAGCGCAGCACAUCAGGCAGGUUUAAGUGUCGGAGACAUGAUACUUGCUGUAAAUAAAGAUACCCUUUUAGGAUCAAAUUAUGAUAAUGCUGCUGCGUUAUUGAAAAAGACAGAAGGCGUUGUCACUUUAGUAGUCUGCAAUCCAAACAAAGCCAAAGAAGAAGAAAGAAAAGUUACAGAACUGACUAUGCAGUCUACGGCGAGUACGUCUCAUCAAACCCCUAAGUCUGAAAAGAUGGGAAAACCAGCGCAGAGUGGAACUCCAAAGCUUUUGCCUCCUCCUGGUUCUUUAUCACCAUCACCAUCAGGAAAACUGAAAAUGGAUGUUGAUGAAAAUUUAGCGACCACUGCCAUUAUAGCGCCAGGAUCGGAAACAACUAUCGAAAUAAAUAAAGAUAAAAUUGGCCUUGGAAUUAGUGUAGUUGGAGGUGUCGAUUCAUUACUCGGUGAAAUCAUUGUUCAUGAAAUUUAUGCAGAAGGUGCUGCUGCCAAAGAUGGCAGACUUAAACCUGGUGAUCAUAUUUUAGAAGUAAAUAGUGAGGAUUUUAGAAAUAUCUCUCAAACUAGAGCAUUGACAAUUUUAAGACAAAUUCCUGGAAAAGUUCGAAUGCUUGUGUUUCGUGAUGUAAACUACAGUGAUGAUGAAAUCAAUAAUUUAGACAUAAUGGAAAUUGAACUAACAAAAAAACCUGGCAAAGGUUUGGGCCUCAGCAUUGUAGGGCGCAAAACUGGAUCAGGCCUUUACAUUUCCGAAAUCGUCCCUGGUGGAGUCGCAAGUGUAGAUGGAAGAUUAAUGAAAGGUGAUCAAAUAAUGACUGUCAAUGGGCAAGAUAUUCAAAAAAUGACCCAUGAAGAAGCUGCUGCAGUAUUGAAAACAGCUAUUGGAAAAGUGUCGUUAAAGUUUGGGCGAUACAAAUCGAGGAGAAAGGAGUGUAAACUCCUCCGCGUUGGAGGAUGUUAAAGGAGAAUCAUAUUUAUUCUAACAUGAUAUGGAUCCGCAUCCCUCGAGGCAUAAUUUAUUCUCUAAAGACUGUUUCCAACAAGAAAACCUAGAAGGGCCCCCAAAUAAUUGGACAUACAAUAAACAAAAGUUUAAAACCCAUAGUCAAAUAGAUAAAUAUGAAAAUUAAUGAUUAAGACUUACUACUCGGUCACUUUCACUAUACAUUCAUAAAAUUUUUAUAAAGUUCUACAUGCCAGCAAACUUCAAUAUUUAUAUAAAAGCUCUCAUUGAUUAACUAAUGUGAAAAUAUAUUUUUUAUAUUACCGUUCUCUUUAGCAAUAUAAAUUACACAGUGUUACUUGUUUAUUGUGCUACUGAACAAACACAUCCAUGUAAUGUGGUAGCGGCUUUAGUGAAUUACUGCUACUCUUGCUUUUGCAUAUAUGUGAUAAUCACAGCAGUCAUUAAGUUAAUUUAAUAGGUCAUUAUUAUAGAUUGUAGACCUAAAAUUUGUUCCUAAAUCAGUUAGAAUUUUAGAAUUUUAAUGUUGGAAAUGAAUGAUAACAAUUUUUAAAGCUUUAUAGUAAUGUACAAUUAAAACAUAUUUUAAAACUUUAUUUACAAAUGGUUAUCAAAGAUUUAUACAAUCCAUCUGUGAAUAAUCAUUGGAAAAUUGAAUUAAAAAUGUGAUAGAUUUUGCUAUUUAAAAAUGUUUAUUUUCACAGCGUUACACAUUAAAAAAUAUAUAUCGCAUGUGUAUUUAAAAAACAGGAAAUAUACUGAUCGUUGUAGAAUCAUGACAAAUGUUUGUAUCAUUCAAAACAUUGAUCAAAACAGUUUAACAAAAAAAUUCUACUUUUUGAGAUUGGCUUUACACAAGUAUUACUUAUAACCGUUUUCAAGCUAUAUUAGCAAAACAUAAACAGUAAUAAACGUAUUUAUUGUAAUUUAUUAAUAACGUAUUGAUUUAUUUUAUGCUGUUUGUAUGAUUGAAUCAUUUAGGAAUUGCGUAUUUUUAGAUAAAUUGGGUUUUUAUUACAAUCGUGAUCGACCAAGAGAUCAGGGGACCAUCAAAAUUUCAAUUUUGUUAUUGCGUUUAAAUUGUAUAUACUAUCUAAUGGAAACACUAGUUAUUUUCAGUUU